UUGGCGCUUUAUUGCUCUGAAUUCUCAGAAAAGUGACUUGUUCAUCUCCUGCUCACUCUCUCUCUCUCUCUCUCUCUCUCUCUCUCUCUCUCCCCGGUUUGCUUCUGAAAAUGAGUUGGGCGACAUCGUUCUUCGUGUCUUGAAACUCUUCAUUCUGCUGCUACCAUUCACUUGAGUAUUUUAUAUUGCCUUGAAGGAGGAGGAGUUGUUGAAUUUGGAGUUAAAAGAGAUCGAGUAAUAAUGGACGCUAAACAAUUCGAAGUUUACAAAAGUUCUUUCCUUUGAGAACCUCUGCUUACUGCUUUUUCUUCAUCAACCAUCUCAUUUCAUUUAUCUCGUGGAUCUGGCUUUGAGUUUGGCUUUUCUAUUGGUUAUUUUGUGGAAGCACCAAGUCGCUCUGAAUAGGAUUGAGGCUUCUUCUCUGCUUUUCUUGUCCUUUGAUCAGCAUUUACUGCAUUAUUUGCUUCUCAGUUAAAGUGAUGGACGUGUUCUCAGCCGGGUUUUCUGCUUAAUUUCCUGCACUAAAUUCAUUUUUAUGCCGUUUGCAUCAAUUUGCUUUCUGAUAGUUGGAGAGAUCAUCAAAAGAAUGGACAUGUUGCUUUUAACUUCAACUGAACCCCCAAUGAAACGCAGAGCUGGUUUGUUUAUAGUUCAGGCUGGACGAGGAUCAUAUCGCGGAAGUUAGUCAGCUAGUUGGUGGUAAAUUGGGUUGCUAUUAUCUGAAUUUUUGAAACUUUUGAUUUAUUUAGAAUAAAGAAGAAUGAGUGCUGCUUCCUUGAGGCAUUUCCUAGAAAGUGUCUGCUUCAAAUCUCCAUGGAAUUAUGCAGUGUUCUGGAGGCUUCAGCACCAGUUCCCUAUGGUUUUGACAUGGGAAGAUGGAUAUCCGGACAUUCCGUGUGCUAGAGAACCUCAUAGAAGUCUAAUUGGCAAUUGUUAUAGCAAAAACAUUAAUGAUUGUGGAUCAAGAUCACAUAAUGGAUAUUUGAGGGCAUAUCCAAUUGGCUUAGCCAUGGCUGAGAUGUCCAGUACUUAUCACAUAGCAGGCGAAGGGGUGGUCGGUGAAGUGGCAUCUUUGGGCAUACCACACUGGAUUUCUUCGGACAGUCUAGCACCUGCAAAGCUCAGCUUUGGUUUUGCUGCUGAGUGUCCAGACGAGUGGAUUCUUCAGUUUGUUGCUGGCAUUAAGACUAUAUUGCUGGUACCUUGUAUCCCCUAUGGUGUUCUGCAACUAGGAUCAAUGGAAACGGUACCUGAAAACAUGGAGAUGGUUACCAAUCUAGCUGAAGUAUUUGAUGCCCAUUUCAAUCUUUUCAAAUCCUAUCCUCCAGAAAACAGUGAAUUUCUCUUACAGUCUGCUAUCUCAGAGAGUGUGAAUAUACCAUCUGCAACGACCACAAAUGAGGUAAAUGAAGAUGAUGUAGCUGCUGAUAUACCCAUUCUGAAAGAUAAAAAAUUAUCACCUGCAUAUCCGAUGACUUCAUUAAUUGAGGUUCAACAUCCCUUUCAAUUAUCUGGACAACACAUGCAAAAUGUCCCUGAGAAUAAUGGAAACGAAGGAAAAAUUGGCAAGUUUGUUGAACGCAUGCCAAAUAUCCUUGAAAAUGCAAAUGAAAGGGAAAUUGGAAUACAACAUGCAGACAUGAUAAAUCUAGUGAAGCAACUUGCUCAUGCAUAUUCUGAUGAUAAUGGAUCAGGGAUAACAGAAAACAACUUCGGUAGAUCUUGCCAUGCAAAAGGUGUAGACGCCUUUUCUUAUUCUAGCUGUAAUGUCGGUGGAGUCACUAUUUCGAAUGAGUUAGAUUGUUACUUCGAUGGGAACAUGCUAGAUCCGCAAUCUCUUGGAGCGGAUUGCAGCGAUACUAUUCUUGGAAAUUUAAGUAAUUCUCUUAGCUACCCAACAGAAUGUGAACUCUACGAAGCCCUUGGAAGUACAAUUCAAAACAACAUUGCUGGCAAGUCCAUCUAUACUGAAAACCCUAUGUUUAAUAUUGAGCCAUCAUUUGGGGAAUCUAAUGAAUGGCGACUGAGAGAAAAUAAUGCUGAAAAUCUUCUGGAAGCCGUUGUUGCCAGUGCCCGCUGUUUUUCUGAUGAUUAUUCACUCCACAAUAUGGUUGGUCUAGAGUCCUUAUACAUGCCAUCAGGAAAACCUGCCCCUUUCCGCAAAAGGAAAAAUCCAUCUACAGAAAGUGCUUCUGUUGGAGAUGACACAGUCACACAGAGCACUCUUACAUCAGCUUCUGCUGGGGCAGACAAAUAUGCUUCGACUAACUGUCCGCAUUCUGCUUCUUCAUUUGAUUGUGUUGUAAGUGCAUUUAAUGAGGGGCAGCAUCAGACAAAGGUCUUUAGCUCUAUGAGUUGUCAUAAGGAGUCAAAAGCAUCUAAUACCAACAAGAAAAGGGGACGGUCUGGUGAUGGUCAUAAGCCCAGACCACGAGAUAGGCAGUUAAUUCAGGACCGGCUUAAGGAGCUGCGUCAACUUGUCCCUAAUGGUGCAAAAUGUAGCAUUGAUGGUUUACUAGAUAAAACCAUAAAACACAUGCUAUUUCUGCGAAAUGUUACUGAUCAAGCUGAUAAACUGAGGUACCAGGCUCAGAAAGAGGUAGCCCCUGACAAGAGCCUUCAGUUGCCUGAAUUAAAACCCAGUAAUCAACAAGGCACCUGUUGGGCUCUAGAAUUGGGAAGUGUGGACCAGAUAUGCCCUAUAAUUGUCAAAGAUUUGGAGUACCCUGGACACAUGCUCAUAGAGAUGAUGUGUGACGACCAUGGACGUUUCUUAGAAAUUUCUGAUGUUAUUCACCGUUUGGAGCUGACGAUUUUGAAGGGUGUGAUGGAAAUACGUUCAGAGAGCACGUGGGCUCACUUCAUUGUUGAGGCUUCAGGAAGCUUCCAUAGACUGGAUAUCUUCUGGCCACUGAUGCAGCUCCUACAGCAGGUGCGAAGUUCUGUUUCGCGCAACAUGUAAAUGGUUAAUUCAAUUAUGAGGAGAUUUGCGAAUGGGAGCUUUGUAAUGAAUCUGGAUUUAUUUUCUAUAAUUUGUAUCUACCAAAUAGCAUCUGUAAUAGUGACCUUGAACGCGUGAUAUUAUUAGUAUGUAACUAUGUGAAUUUAUGAAAGGUUGAAAUCCACUGAGUUUGACAUCC